GAGACUGUGCGGCCUGCACCCACCCCCGCUCCACCAAGAGGCGACGGCAAACGCCGCCGAGGGCAGCGGCGCGAAUGAGAGCGCAUGCGUGAAACAACGCUUGGGUGCGGCCGUUGAUCCAGGAAGUGACGACAGCGGAGUCGCGAGGCGGCUGGCGAAGCGGAAGUUGAGCUCGACCGUCCGGAGAGGCGGCCGUCAGUUGGCGGGAAGGGGGUUGUGAGAUGUUUUGUGGUAUUAAAAUCAUUCUUCGCUAUAUAUUUCCAAAAUUGACAUCAUCGCGAUCAUUUUGCAGUAUUUUCUGCUGUUGUGGAUCCUUCAAAAAUUACAUCAUUGGCUUUAAAGUACUCUAGUACUCUAGAACAUUCUGAGGUGAUGAAAGACUAUCUACAAGGCCUGUUCGUCUUUUAUGAAUGAAAUUUGGCAUUAUGAUUAUGAGGCAAUGGAAGGUCUCCAAUAAAUUGUUCCAAAAUCAUUGGAAGAUUCUUGGCCUUUGGCUGGGUUUAAGAAAAUGCAGUAAAUCUACUUGUGACCUUUCUGGAUUUACCGAAACGUUGCUUGAACUUUGCCGGAGCAGACAUUUUGUAUCUGGAGAUGAGAUCACACAAGACAUGCUCGUCGAUGGUUCUUUUAAUUAUGGACAUUUGGGAAUGGAACUCAAGCGGAACUUGGCUACUAACUGGUGGGACUCGAUGGUGUUAUCUAGGGAACAGGUGUUUGGAAUGCAGAGUCCUCAUCAGUUGAAGGUGAAUCAGAAUUCUGACAAGUCAAUGAAACUGAUGGAUGUGGCAACAUUGCAAGUAGCAUUAGAUAAGAAAGAUGCAAAUAAAGAAGGAAGUGUCUCACUAAAAGACCUAUUGAAGGAAUACAUCAUAUUACGACCUAAUCUCCUGCAAGGAGCAUUUCGUGAAUAUACCACAUCUUUGAAUCUUGUGAACAGGAAGUUACCUUUUGGUUUGGCUGAGAUCGGGGUAUGUUAUCAGCCCAUUCCUUCAUCUAAAUACUCCACUGUGUGCAAUGCGGUAAGAACUGUGGAGGUGGAAUUGGCAUCAUUAGUAUGGUUUAGUUCUCCUUGGACUUCAGGACGUUGGCUAGACUACUGGGUGCGUCAGCGUUUACUGUGGUGGAGGAAAUUUGCUAGAAGUCCAUCCAGUUUUACAGCCAUUGAUUCCCAGGAUAAUGAUGGAAUUAAAGGAACUGCACUGUACUUCACUUUUCCUUGGGGUAAGGAGCCAAUUGAGACACUGAUAAAUCUGGGAGACAAAGAUCUUCUGCGUGAGCACCAUGGAAAUAAAUCAAGCUUGCAAGGCCGAGAUGGGAGAAGGACUGUUGUUCCACAUGUACUGUCAGUGAGUGGGAAUCUGGAUCGAGGAGUGAUGGCAUUUUUAUGUGAUUCACUGCAGUUGACUGAAAAAGUUGAUUCUAAAUUGAGAAUAAAUCAGAAAAAGGUGCUAAAGCUUCAUCCAUUUCUAGCUCCAUUUAAAGUAGCUUUGGACAUGGGCAAAGGACCUACAAUUGAGUUGCGUCAGGUAUGUGAGGGGCUAUUCCAAGAACUAGUGGAGAAAAAAGUUACAGUCUGGCCUGGCUACCUCGAAACUAUGCAUAUGUCAUUGGAGCAGCUAUCUAUAAAGUAUGAUGAGAUGGGAGUGAUUUUUACAAUCGUCGUCAAUGAGACUACACUAGAGAAUGGCUUGGUACAACUCAGGAACCGAGAUACAACCAUGAAAGAGAUGGGUCACAUCUCAGAAGUGAGGGAUUUUCUCAUCAAGUACAUUCGGGAAUCUUGAGGAAAUAUUGAAUCUUUAUAAUAUUGAUUACUUAAAAUAAAGCCGCUGAACUUUCAGUGAUGAGAACAUAAAUGAUCCUUUAGGUCAUUAACUGCAUUCUAAUACACAGCUAUAUAUUCAAGUAGCUGCUUUAUAAAUUAACAACCUCUUUUUUUAAAAUCAUUUGUCAAUCAACCUGAGUUAGUUGCUGACAGAUGUGAGUUAAUAGAUUUACUUCAUUUAUAUAUUAAAAAAAAUCACUUAUCACA